AUGCUUCUAUGUUCGGUCAUAGUGAUGCGUUUUCAGGAGCUGAAGUGUCAAAACCACAUUCGCGUCAUUGCUCCAAAAUCCGAUGGAACGUUGUACAUAUGUGGCACAAAUGCGUUCAGUCCGAGUGUCACUAUUUUGCAGGGAGACAGCUUUGCGUUGUUGGACAGGGACAUCAGUGGUGCAGGUAUCUGUCCGGUUGAUCCAAAUGACAAUGGAACGGCCGUAUGGGUUGAAUACGGAAACCCAAAGAAUCUGCCUUCUAUCUAUUCGGCGGCGAUCGCUGAUCAAACGCAAUCGUACCGGAUCAUUUACCGACCAGCACUGAUCGACUCUCGUGGAGAGGUGAAAUACUCGUUGCUGCGCAGCAUGUUCAUCAACCCGAAGUGGUUGAAC